AUGGAGUGCGAUUUACCACAUUCGCUUAUCCAAAGAACAAUUAUCAAUAAAAAAAUUAAUCUUCCGUCUGAAUUUGUUCAGUAUGUUAAGGAUUCUCGAAAGACGUCAUCUCCACUGAACACUCAUCACCUUACUCAUUCAUAUUUUCGGGAUUAUGACUCUCUUCCUAAGCGAUACUCUUCUAUUCGUCCAGGCAAAAAAAUUGGUGAUCCUACCGUUAACAAAAUUCGAGUACUGGCAUAUGAUCCGCUAGGAAUUAUUUAUUUCAAAACAAACAUCAAAGACGAAUAUACUCUUCUUCCACAUCGAUGUGCCAAAAAGAUUAAACCAUACCAAAAGAUUAAAUAUUUCUAA